UUUUCGGACACUUUUGCCGGCAACUUCAGGAUCCGCCGGGAGCUUCGCUCGGAGACAAAUAUUGAAAUCCUCGCUACGACUGAGAUGCAUUUAACGCAUGCGGAGAAUUUACCAGACUCCCCGUAUAAUGCCCAUCUAAUUAGUUUCGAAUACUUUCUCAGGUAUUUCCGAAUCAUCAAUAAUCCAAUAUCCUCAAGGAGACAUUAUCGCUGCCCUGACGAAAAGCUCGAACAACGAUCAGUGCCAACAAUGCUUUCAACAAUUCUAUAUAAGUAUCGUAUCCAACCACAUCGUCUUGUUCGUAUUCAUCGUAUGAGAAAUUUCUGCAACACCAUGUCUACUUCCUCUACCCUUAACAGUACCGCUAGCUCGGAUUUUCACAGCAAUUGGGCUAGCGAUGAAGUUGUCGAGAAAGUCAGAGUCUCUGAAGCUGUUACCAAACCAUGGGCUUCUUUGAUGAUCCAGCAUUCCGGUAUUACCAGCGGCGAUAAAGACGCGCAUGCUCUGGAUCUAGCAUGCGGUACUGGCGUGAUCACCGCCACCAUUUACGAAAUGACCCCCAAUGAAAAAUGGGAACGCAUCAAGGUCAUGGGAUCAGACUUGAACGAAACCAUGUUAUCCCAGUUAACAAAGAGAGCGGAGGCGGGCGGUUGGCCUGAGAUUGAAACAAAAGUUAUGGUUGGUAUGGAUCCCAGUCUUCCUCCGGAUACCUUCACCCACGCAUUUAUCAAUAUGGGUAUAUACUUGAUGUCACCAGACACUCUAUCUAUCGCUUUCAACAAGCUUGGUCCCGGCGGCUUCUUAGGUGUAAGCAGCCUUGCCAGCAUUCCUUGGUACAAGUGGGUUUUCGACGCAGCAUCUCGACUACCCAACCCUUCGAACAUGCCGCCUUACGAGGAUGUACUGAACAAAAUGUUUUCUGGUCAGCCAUGGGCUGAGCAGCAGUUCAUGGAAAAAUCACUGAGAGAGGCGGGGUUCGGUCGAGUAAACAUCGUAGAAGAGAAAAAGAGAGUGAAUUGUGGAACCCCACCGCAAUGCCUGGACAUGUUACAUAUGCCGGUAAAGCUAGUCGCAUCAUGGUGGCCGGAGGAGGAAAGAGACAAUGUCGCGAAGAAGAUUGAAACGGAGCUUUAUCAGAUGUUCAGUGAAGAACUCGAAGAUGGAAACAUGUGGAUUGAAAUGCAUGGCUUUGUUGGCUGCGCGUGGAAAACAUCUACGUAA